UAUAAAGCAUCCGAUGAAUGUAUCAUGACGUCGCACUUAGCUUGUAGAUAAGAAUACCUACCUCAGAAAGCAGUUGAUGAAAAGCCACGCUCAUAGUCUCAUGCAUCUCGGGCCACCAUUCAUUCUUCUCUAAAGACAUUCAAUGUCAUGCAACAGAAAGAGCCAUAGGUAUAUCAUCUGUAGUGUAGUGUAGUGAAGUUUUUGCUGUUCAUAGAUCCACCAGACCAGACACUGGCGACUUUCGGCAUUCUCGGCUCCCGCUAUCUUCUUCUACAUAGUACCUUUGUAUCAAGUAAACACAUGAAUAAACAACAUCUAUGUAGGUAGGGAAACUCAUUGUUGCUGGUGACUGCUGCAGGGAGGAUUGGUUGUACUCGUGUACCUUUUUAUUGGAAAGCCACAUAGGCAAACAAACACCGUGAGCUGCCGCGUGAACUACUCAACUAGAGACGUGAAUUCCUGCCUGCCACGUCACUUCAUCUACAUCCAUCUGUGGACUGAGCCCUGUCUAUCCUUUUGGGACAUUCUUUCUACUUUGACUCUACGCUGUUACCCAAUCUUCGUUCACGCCGACUGUCAAGAUGUCGGCGCUCAGCUUUCCCUAUCACGAGCCACGUGAAGGUUUCUGGGGAGAGAAGACGGUCACUCUCAAUUUCUGUGAAGAGGACUAUGUUAUGAGCUACUAUAUCGCCGAAGUCUGCAAUACCAUCACCAACUUCCUCUUUCUUUGGCUUGGAGUCCGUGGCCUCAAAGGCUGCCUUCAAUAUGGUCACGCUCCCAUCUUCUUCGUUACCUUCAUCGGCUAUAUCAUUGUGGGUUGUGGUUCAACUCUCUUUCACGCCACGCUGAAGUAUCCUAUGCAACUUGUUGACGAGCUUGCCAUGAUCUAUACGACAUGCUUCAUGGCAUAUGCUACGUUCUCCUAUGGGCGUUCUUCCGGCUUCUCGUUUGUGCUUGGUACCGGCCUUAUCGGCUUGGCCUACUAUAUUACGGCACAUUACUAUGAAACCAAGGACCCUCAGUUCCACCAAGAUGCAUACGCUAUUCUCACGGCCACCGUAGUCUUCUCCAACAUGUGGAUCAUGGAGAGAGUUCUUCGACCAGCUCUCAAAGCCCGUGAACAAAAGCGGCCGUCCAGUUCUACCAUGCCGAGUACCCGAGCGUUUCUCUCUCAGAUGUGGAUCAUGGUCGCGACUGGCCUCAGCAUUUUCUUGGGUGGUUAUCUCAUUUGGAACUUGGAUAACAUGUACUGCAACAAGAUUCGCCGUUGGCGCCACCAGAUUCAAUUGCCGUGGUCUGUUGUGUUGGAGGGCCAUGCAUGGUGGCACCUUAUGACGGGCAUAGGCGCAUAUUACUAUAUUGUCUGGCGCAUCUGGAUUCAGCGAUGCUUGGAUGGCGAUGAGGACAAAUUCCGUCUAUACUGGCCAUCCGUCUUCCAUCUGCCUGAUGUCAGAACCGUGGACGAUCUACCAGCAGGAGAAGACAAGAAGGGGCAGUAGGUUGAAGCUUGUCUUCAUGUCGUUGGUGAAUCAUAUGCAUGAGCAGAUACUUGCAUUAGGCCUUUGCCUAAAUGCUAGAUAGCUCACGCACAGCUCAACUACCAUCAGGUAGUAUAUGCACGUAUUGUAGGAGUGUAGUCCUCCUUUUUCAUAGGCGGCUCAAGGCUUGGCACAAAAUGCCGAUUGUGCCCAAAGGUACUUACUUAUGUACCAGCUGCCUGUAACGGACAUCAAUUUUCGCCUGGGUACUCGAGCCUAGGAAUUUCAGAACACAAGAUGAAACGUAAUGAAAAGUUCAUUGAAAGCCUUCGCGCA